ACUGCCAGUGUGACCUCACCCUCUCCAGUCACCCCUCCUCAGUUCCAGCUAUGAGUUCCUGCAACUUCACACAUGCCACCUUUGUGCUUAUUGGUAUCCCAGGACUAGAGAAAGCCCAUUUCUGGGUUGGCUUCCCCCUCCUUUCCAUGUAUGUAGUGGCAAUGUUUGGAAACUGCAUCGUGGUCUUCAUCGUAAGGACGGAACGCAGCCUGCACGCUCCGAUGUACCUCUUUCUCUGCAUGCUUGCAGCCAUUGACCUGGCCUUAUCCACAUCCACCAUGCCUAAGAUCCUUGCCCUUUUCUGGUUUGAUUCCCGAGAGAUUAGCUUUGAGGCCUGCCUUACCCAGAUGUUCUUUAUUCAUGCCCUCUCAGCCAUUGAAUCCACCAUCCUGCUGGCCAUGGCCUUUGACCGUUAUGUGGCCAUCUGCCACCCACUGCGCCAUGCUGCAGUGCUCAACAAUACAGUAACAGCCCAGAUUGGCAUCGUGGCUGUGGUCCGCGGAUCCCUCUUUUUUUUCCCACUGCCUCUGCUGAUCAAGCGGCUGGCCUUCUGCCACUCCAAUGUCCUCUCGCACUCCUAUUGUGUCCACCAGGAUGUAAUGAAGUUGGCCUAUGCAGACACUUUGCCCAAUGUGGUAUAUGGUCUUACUGCCAUUCUGCUGGUCAUGGGUGUGGACGUAAUGUUCAUCUCCUUGUCCUAUUUUCUGAUAAUACGAACGGUUCUGCAACUGCCUUCCAAGUCAGAGCGGGCCAAGGCCUUUGGAACCUGUGUGUCACACAUUGGUGUGGUACUCGCCUUCUAUGUGCCACUUAUUGGCCUCUCAGUGGUACACCGCUUUGGAAACAGCCUUCAUCCCAUUGUGCGUGUUGUCAUGGGUGACAUCUACCUGCUGCUGCCUCCUGUCAUCAAUCCCAUCAUCUAUGGUGCCAAAACCAAACAGAUCAGAACACGGGUGCUGGCUAUGUUCAAGAUCAGCUGCGACAAGGACUUUCAGGCUGUGGGAGGCAAGUGACCCUUAACACUACACUUCUCCUUAUCUUUAUUGGCUUGAUAAACAUAAUUAUUUCUAACACUAGCUUAUUUCCAGUUGCCCAUAAGCACAUCAGUACUUUUCUCUAGCUGGAAUAGUAAACUAAAGUAUGGUACAUCUACUUAAAGGACUAUUAUGUGGAAUAAUACAUACUAAUGAAGUAUUACAUGAUUUAAAGACUACAAUAAACCAAACAUGCUUAUAACAUUAAGAAAAACAAUAAAGAUACGUGAUUGAAACCAAGUUGAAAAAUAGCAUAUGCC